AAACAAUGACAUGCUCAAGUUGCGAAAUUGCCACCACCUUUGACCAGCGUUUGAUUGUUGAAGCUUUUGUUUGUUUGUCCCAUAAGAUGUUUGCAUUUUAGCGCCUCUCACAUUUCCCGGCAAUUUCCAUCUUCAACCAAAGCCGCCCUCUUCUUUCUUCAUCUGGGUUUCUUGAUUACAGAAUUUUCGAAAUUCCAUUUCACCCUAGUAACGAUCUGCUUUCAGAGAUUUUCAAUAUUUCAGGAUCUCAUCUGCCCUGCUUCUUAAAUCUUAGGUUUAGAUAAUGGAUUCAACAGUGUCAAUACUUGCAAAUGUAGUGGGAGCUACAUCUGAUUGGGUGAGAUCAGUUUUUGAAUUUCAAUUCGCUAGAGCUGUGAUAUUUGAGGUCAACAUUGGAGGACAUCUAUUUGUGGAAGGUCUUCUCCUGGUAGUCAUCCUUUUCCUACUGUCUCAGAAGAGUUACAAACCACCUAAAAGACCAUUGACGAAGAAGGAAAUUGAUGAAUUAUGUGAAGAAUGGGCCCCAGAACCGCUUAUCCCUUCCAUCACUGAUGAGAUGAAACGUGAACCUCCAGUUUUAGAAAGUGCUGCAGGGCCUCAUACUAUAGUUAAUGGGAAAGACGUAGUGAACUUUACCUCAGCAAACUACCUUGGAUUAUUAGGAAGCCAAGAAUUACUAGAGACUUGUACUACAGCUCUAGAGAAGUAUGGUGUAGGUUCUUGUGGUCCCCGGGGAUUCUAUGGCACAAUAGAUGUCCACCUUGAUUGUGAGGCCAGAAUAGCAAAGUUUCUGGGAACUCCAGAUUCCAUACUGUAUUCUUAUGGACUUUCUACGAUGUUCAGUGCAAUUCCAGCAUUUUGCAAAAAGGGUGAUGUUGUUAUUGCGGAUGAAGGUGUCCACUGGGGAAUUCAAAACGGCCUUCAGCUUUCUAGAAGCACCAUCAUAUAUUUUAAGCAUAACAAUAUGGAGUCCUUACAAAAUACUUUGGAGAAAGUUACCCAAGAAAACAAGCAAGCUAGGAAGCUACGGCGAUAUAUUGUUGUUGAAGCUGUGUAUCAGAAUUCUGGCAAAAUAGCUCCAUUAGAUGAAAUCAUCAAGCUGAAGGAAAAAUAUCGAUUCCGCGUGUUGUUGGAUGAGAGCAAUUCCAUUGGUGUGCUUGGCAGUUCUGGUAGAGGUCUAACUGAACAUUGUAAAGUUCCGUCUGACAAGAUAGAUAUAAUAACUGCGGCAAUGGGACAUGCAUUGGCCACAGAAGGUGGGUUUUGCACAGGGAAUGCUAGAGUCAUUGAUCACCAGCGUCUCAGUAGUUCUGGUUAUGUCUUCUCUGCUUCACUGCCUCCUUACUUAGCAAGUGCUACAAUUAAGGCUAUUGAUAUCGUUGAAGAAAAACCUGAACUUCUUGUCAAACUAAGGCAAAAUAUUGCUAUGUUGACUAAAGGUUUGUCAGAUAUAAAAGGCUUAGAGAUAGUCAGUGAUCCGGUCUCCCCCAUUAUAUUCCUUGCAUUAAAGCAGUCCACUGGUUCUUCGAAGGGUGAUUUACAAGUGCUUGAAGAUAUAGCUGAUCAUGUCUUGAAGGAAGAUGGUGUCUUCAUUGUGACUUCAAAGAGAUCAACUCUUGAUAAAUGUAAGCUGCCAGUUGGAAUUAGAUUAUUUGUCUCAGCAGCUCAUUCAGAAUCCGAUCUGGUGAAAGCCAGCGAAUCAUUGAAAAGAGCAACAGCAUCACUAUUGCCAGCUCACGAUUGAUAGAAGGAUUUCACUGCUUUGCUCUUCGAAUAUACCACUGUGUCAAAGGAGCCAAAAUGUCACUCAUGGAGGUUCCAACCUUCAUCUAUAUUGCAUUUGUUUUGCCCUUUGCUGGUCUUUCGAUUUUCCAAAUCAAAGCUAUCAAGGAUCUAAACGUUCUUGAGAUUGCACCGCCACAGUAGUUAGUUGAGGCGAAAUCUUCUUCCACUGAAAUAGGCUCACAAAUUUUACUUUUAGUGAACUACAAAUCUAGAUUGAUUUUAUACUUUUGA